AUGUUGUGUAAGCAUUUGGUAACAAAAAAAGCCAGCUCCGAUACUGAAUUUACACUCCAAUUUUUGAACACACUGAGGCGCCAUGAUUAUCCAUUUAUCGCUUUCGGUCAGCAAUAUAGUUCGCGGAUUCGUUUAGAACGAAAUAAUCCACAGGAACAUAAUGAUCAAAUUAUGGAUGAAUCAUCAGAAAUAUUAGAUAGAUUGGAAACGAUGACAGUUAUCUUAGAUCAACAGACUGUUAUUGAAGAAAGAAGGGCAAUGUUAGCAAACAUUAAACAAUUGCUAAUUGAUGGGAUGGAUUUAGCUGAGGAAAAUGUACAAAAUGAUGGAUUUUAUGAUGCGUUUACAAAAUUAGUCAAACCUAUCACAGAAGAAAUAACUGCUUGCAAGGAAGUUCUUAAUGCUAGAACACAACAACUCACUUGGCAGCCACCUAGAAAUAGAAGAUUACCUUUUUAUCUUAAUUAA